GGAUGCGCGAGAUGCGCGCGCGCAAGGACACAGGAUCUUUUCCUAUAAAAAUGUGGGGCGACCCCUCGCGGUCACAGUGCCCCACGAGACCCCGACGCGGAAGGACAUCACGAUGAAAUUGCUUUACGUCUUAGCCGCCUUCUUGGCACUCUCGCUAGGAGAAGACACGGACCAACAGGAAAUCGAGGAUUCAGAAGCCGUAGCAACGGUGGAGCUCCUCAAAACCAGUCCUGAUGUCCUUCAAACUGCCGCCAGCAGCUACAACUACUACCCUAACGAGAACAGCAAAUACGUAGAACUGAAAAACAGCGUCCCAUAUUAUCCCCCAAAUCCCAAUAACAAUUAUAACCAGCAAAACUAUCCUAAUCUAAAUAACAAUUAUCCCAAUCAAAACAAUUAUUAUCCUGAGAAUAGCUACACAACACAGAAGCCUUACGCCCCCCCUCAAAACGACUAUAUCCCGCCGAAUAACAACUAUAUCCCCCCAAAUAACAACUAUGUCCCCCCAAAUAACAACUAUGUCCCCCCAAAUAACAACUAUGUCCCUCCCAAUAACAACUAUGUCCCUCCCAAUAACAACUAUGUCCCUCCCAAUAACAACUAUGUCCCUCCCAAUAACAACUAUGUCCCUCCCAAUAAUAACUAUGUCCCUCCUGUCAACGACUACGUCCCUCCUAACAACGGCUGGUACCCACCAGCCUCCCCCACCAGUACAACUCCUAGUUCUGUCAUCAAGAAUGAUGUGUUCUUCGGUUCCAACGGAAGCUACAAAUAUGAGUACGAAAUAGCCGAUGGUACCCACGCAUCAGAGGAAGGCUAUGUCCUCUACCCUAACACUGAGUAUGCGAGCCCAGUCAAACGAGGCUGGUAUUCAUACAAGGGUCCUGAUGGCAAAGUCUACACGGUGACCUGGUGGGCUGACCACACAGGCUUCCACGCGAGCGGCGACCACAUCCCAACGCCGCCGCCCAUCCCGCCCGCGAUCCAGGCAUCCAUUGAGCAAAACGCGAAAGAAGAAGCGGAAAAGGAGGCGCAGAACAACAUACAACCGACAUACCCGACUCAAACGCAAAAGCCCCAAACAGGGUAUUACCCCACGCAAGCCCCGUACCCCAGCCAGCCGACAUACACACCCCAACAGAACUACCCCCCACAACAAACUUACUACCCUCCACAGCAGACGUACCCCCAACAGAAUAAACCGUCAUACGGCAAAUAGGAAAAUGACUUUAAAACUAAAAUGGAAACUAUUUUGGAGUCAAUACUUCGUCCCGUGAUUUUAUUUUUCAUAAUAAAGUUGCAACAAUUACCUACCUGCCAGAAUAGAAACGCAAUAUUGUUACUUUUAAGUGUCAUUUCAGUUUCCGCGAUCGAUUCCUUUGAGAGACCAUAAAUGGCGCGUCUAUUUUGAAAUUUACAACGGUUUCACAACGAUUGAUUGGUUUAGUUGCCUUACAGUUUCAUUGCUUUGUUAUGUUAAUUUUAAUUAUAUAUUAUAUACAUGAUACGACAUGCAGUAAUACGAGAUUAUAGUCUUAAAAUGGGACGAGGGUAAAAAGAUUUCAUUAAAUAUUCCAUAUGAUAAAAGAAUUACCUCUGAGUUUUAGGACAUUUGUCAGUAAUCAUAAUCACGAUUGGUUUUGUGAGUACGAUUACUGUAGCGCGAAAGGUUGUGAUAGUUAAGUGUGCCAAUGUAUAAAUAAAUUUUGUAAUAUAAA